UUUACUUGACAUUGCGUGGAAGCACCAAAAAUAGAGUAAAAAGAAAAAAGGAAAUAUGGGACAGUUCAACCGUCACGCGGGAAGCAUUUCCAUUUCCAUUUCCAUUUCCUCUGCCACUGUUUCACUUCCUCUUUAUUAAAACUUGCUCUUGAAAAAACCCCAUUCUUCACAAUCUCUUCAUUUUCUAUUCCUCUCUCUGCAAAACUCUGGAAAAGAAAAAAAAAAAAAAGAAUAGAAAUGUACAAAUCGAAGUUGCAGGAGCUGUGCCAGCAAAGGCAAUGGGCAUUGCCAAGGUAUUCCUCUAUGAAAGAUGGCCCUGACCAUAACCCUUCUUUCAAAGCGUCUGUUUUUUUAAACGGCACGUCGUUUCACUCCUCUGCCUCAUGCAAAUCCUGUAAAGAAGCCCAAAACGACGCCGCUAAGUCCGCUUUCCUUCACUUCGGUUUUUCUUCUUCUUCCCCUGCUGCUACCCCAAAUCCUGCUCAAGAGGUUGAUUUGGGAUUUUACAAGAAUCUAUUGCAAGAGUUAACUCAGAGAGAAGGAUUGAGUACACCAGAGUAUCUGACAACGAAAUGUGGUGUGCCUCACAGGCCAACAUUUUUUUCUAGUGUGGAAGUGGAAGGAGAGGCUUUUUAUGGGAAAGGAGGGAAGUCCAAGAAGGAAGCUGAGAUUAACGCUGCUAAAGUUGCUUACACCAAUCUAAUUGAGUGUAAGUCGAUUGUUUUUUUAAUUAAUUUUUAUUCCUUUAUUUUUACUAGUAUUAUGGUACCAAACUACCCAUGUUUACAGGUUAGGAGCUCUAAGUUAUGCUCAACUAAAAACUUGGCAGAUGAAGUGCAAGAAAUGAAAGCAGGAGAGAAGGUGUUGGCCAAUUCUACAACCAGUCCUGACAACUCUGCUUCUUGCUCUAAAUCUGUGCCUGUCUCACCUAAAGAAGGCUCGUUAUCUUCUAAAAAUGUUAUUAAUGGCUUACAAGGUGAACCUCUCAAAUCCAUGUCUAGCUCAGACUUGCCUACUGCCGUAGAAAAUGAAGAAAAUGCAGAAGAAAUUAAAUCUGUGAAAGCGGGAGGAAAAGUACCAGCCAAAUAUGCCUCAACCAGUUCUGACGACUCAGCUUCUUGCUCUAAAGCUGUGCCUGUCUCACUCAAAGAAGGCUCAUUGUCUUCUACAUCAACACAUCUUGACAUUUCAGCUCUCUCAAUUUCAGACUCAAAUAAGAAGGAUUCAGGAUUGAGAAGUUAUUUACUUAACAACAGGUUUAGAGUCUAUCCAUGCUUUCCUGACAUUGCAUUUCCAAAAGGUAUCACUGUACUGCCUAUCAGUGAGGACAAAUGGGUGGCUGUGAGCUUGGAAUUCCCAAAUGAAAAAGAUGAUUGAUCCAUCUGUUGGAGGUGCUUGUUAGUAUGAUCAUUUAAGUGACUUUUUAUAUCUGUUCUUUAGUAAAUGUAAAAAGGAACUCCAUCUUUUUAUCCUGUUGGAAUGGUAUUGUGUUAAAAAGGGCUUUGAUGAAGAUCAUUUUACUUUAAUAUUCCUGAAACUUUAGCGUUUAUUUGGCCCAGCUUGUGAAAAGAAUUUAUCUAA